AUGUGGGCAUACAGCUCCUCACAUCCAUCUGACGAGGCAGCUGGUGUCGAGGUCUCCCACCACCAGCCUGCGGUGCAUCAUGCUGACGUGGUAGUCAACGCUCCUUGGGUGUCAGCGAGGGUGGCGCUUACGCGGCUGCCCGAGAAGAGCAUCUCGUUCAUCUCGGGAUGGGUGGCGGGGCUCUCCGGCAUCGUCGUGGCACAUCCAUUCGGUCAGGAACACAGGCAAAGGCACACCCAUCCAAUAAAUUGUGCACAGCACAGAUGCCUUUGUGCUGUGGUGCUGUGGUGCUGUGUGUGCGUCGAUUUCCACCAUGCAGACACGCUGAAGACCCGGCUUCAGAUCGGCCGCACAUCGUCGCACCACCACUUCAGGCUCUCCUCUCUGACCCCUCGGUACAUCACCACCCUCUACGCCGGUGUCGGGCCCCCUCUACUGGUGGCGGGCAUCCUGCAGUCCUGCCUCUUCGGGUCGUUCAACCACUUCAAGGGCUACUUCCAGGGGCUGGCCGAGCCGCAUGUGGCCCAGGCGAGGGCGUUGGGGAGCACUUAUGGGUAUGUCAAGGUGGCUGUGCUGAGCGGGCUGUCGGUGUUUGUGUCCGGUUCGUGUGCGGGGCUGUGCACGAGCGUCAUAACGUGUCCCAGCGGGAUGGUCAAGGUGCAGCAGCAGUGCUCGCCGGACCUGACGAUGCUGCAGGUCAUCAAGGCACUCAUUCGCAAGGGCGGGCUGCCACUUAUUUUUAGAGGUACGUACGUACGAGGUGUUCACACACCAUCCCAUCCAUGCCACCUCACUCACAAAUGGCCGGCUGGCUUUGCAAGCUUGUUUGUCUGACAUCUGCUUGGGCUUGUUUGUAUCAAUCCAAUCAGGUUACUCGGCCCACAUCUUUAUGGAGAUCUUUGGGCGCGGCACCUACUUCACCGUAUACGACGUCGUCAAGCGGGAACUUCACCAAACCACCCAGUCCCCCUCCCCUGCGCCCUCCCCUACUCCCUCUACCCCCCCUCCCUCCCCUCCCCCCUCCAUGCCCUACUACAAGCGUGCCGCAGCGGGCAUGUGCGCCGGCAUCGCCGGAUGGCUCGUCGUCUUCCCCUUCGAUGUCCUCAAGUCACGACUGCAGGCACAGCCGCUCUUCGAGGGCGCGGCGAGGAUCCCAUCAGGCCCCCAGACCCACCUCUCGGACCCCUAUGCCUUUGACACGAGUGGCAGGCGGACGACGGAGCGGGCCACCGGCCACAGGGGGUGGGCGGCGCCCAAGAAGUACGAAGGGUUUUGGCACUGUGCGCGGGAGACGUGGAAGGAGGGCGGGGUGCGGGCGUUCUACCGUGGGCUGGGGUUCACGCUUGCAAGGGCGGCGCCGGUGGCGUGUGUGGUGCUGCCUGUUUAUGACGUGACGCACGAGACGCUGCUGAGAUGGAGGAAUGGGUGAGUAG